UUCAACUCACAUGCAGCUCCCAGACGCCCUGCCCACCACCUACUUAAACACCUCCACUCCUCUCAGUCUUCCCCACUGCACUAUAAAUAUCCACUGCUGCAUUUCUGUUCUUGCAAUCCCCAUUGCAAUCUCAGAGUGCAAGCUAGCAACUAAUGGCGAGUAUGAUGGAUCGAAUUGACUUCUCUCGGAGGUGCGUGUUGGUGACCGGGCCGGUGAUCGUCGGAGCCGGGCCGUCCGGGUUGGCGCUGGCGGCGUGCCUCAAGGAGCACGGCGUGCCGUACGCGGUCCUCGAGCGUGCCGACUGCAUCGCCUCGCUGUGGCAGAGACGCACGUACGACCGACUGAAGCUCCAUCUUCCCAAGAAAUUCUGCCAGCUUCCGAGGAUGCCGUUCCCGGAGGACUACCCAGAGUACCCUUCGAAGAGACAAUUCGUCGAAUACCUGGAAGAAUACGCAAGGAACUUCGAGAUCAACCCCCGGUUCAACCAGGCCGUUCAGUCGGCCCGGUUCGACGAGACCAGCGGCCUGUGGCGGGUGAGGACGACUGGCGCUGGCGCCGAGGCUGGCAAUCGGAACCUCGAGGUCGAGUACAUUUGCCGCUGGCUGGUGGUGGCCACCGGCGAGAACGCUGAGAUGGUGGUACCCGAGCUGGAGGGGCUGGGGGAGUUUGGCGGCGAAGUGACGCACGCCUGCAACUACAAGUCCGGCGAGUCCUACCGCGGGAAGCGCGUGCUCGUCGUCGGAUGCGGUAACUCCGGCAUGGAACUCGCCCUCGACCUCUGCGACCACAACGCGUUCCCGGCCAUGGUGGUGCGCGACUCUAUUGCUCUCGAUUGGUUCAAGGUUCAUGUGCUGCCGAGGGAGGUGAUGGGGAAAUCAACGUUCGAGCUGGCGGUGCUGCUGAUGAAGUGGCUUCCUCUGUGGCUGGUGGACAAGAUCCUGCUGCUGUUGGCGUGGCUGGUGCUGGGCGGCAUCGGAAAAUAUGGCCUGAGGCGGCCAUUGACGGGUCCCAUGGAGCUCAAAAACAGGGAGGGGCAGACCCCUGUUCUGGACACUGGCGCCCUCGGCAAGAUAAAAUCCGGUAACGUCAAGGUUGUACCCGGCAUCAAGCGGUUCUCGCUGGGACGAGUGGAGCUCGUUGACGGCAAUGUACUCGACAUCGACUCCGUCGUCUUGGCCACAGGAUACCGCAGCAAUGUCCCCCAAUGGCUUCAGGGAUGUGAUUUCUUCUCCAAGGAUGGGUUUCCAAAGACUUCGUUUCCGGACGGGUGGAAAGGGGAGAACGGGCUCUACGCGGUGGGCUUCACAAGGAGAGGCCUCGCCGGAGCGUCCUCAGACGCGGUCCGUGCGGCGUCGGACAUUGCGAGGUUGUGGAAGGAAGAGAUGAAGCCGUGCCGCUCGCGGCCGGCCGCCGCUUGCCAUCGCAGAUGCAUCUCCCAGUUUUGAAAUGAAACCAUUUUCUCAGUUCUUGUUUGCUAAUGUGGUUGUAGUAGGAUAGUGUGGGAUAAAGUAAGAGUAGCAGAAGUGCAUGAAACCCUCUCUCAGAUGGAGUCCGAGU